AUGCACUAAAAAAAAAAAAUCACCUCCCUCAAACAUAGUUCACCUCUAAACAAAGCCCCCGCAAAAUGUUGGUUAACAAAUCUGAGUGCCUUUUUUUUUUUAACUUGCCGUACAUUCAUGUUUUGGUAUGUGUGGUUUUUAGGAGAACAGUAGCACUCAGUUGUAGUCCUGAUAAUAAGAACAAACAAUGUUCUAUACUUGAUGAGCAGAACGAAAGAAUAAAUGUUAGUUGGCCUUAAGCUAGCUUUCGUUCGCAGACUACUGGCCAAAUCAUAAAAAGACUUCUUUGUGAGCCCAAAGCGGUGACGUCAAACGGGCUCCAUAAAGACAUAAAUUCAUAGUUUAGCGAGAACAACACAGCAGUGGGAGGAUUAGUUUCUGUGUCCUCCUCCAUUUCUUAACUUGCAUAACUAAUGAGCCUUAAAUCCUUGAUAACUUAGCCAGGAAGGCUGACUGCUCCCCCAUUUAAACGUGCUAGGCUAACGGGAUAACUUGACAACAUAAGAGUGAAUGUAGCUAACGUGCCUUUUUGUUUUUUUUUUUUACAUACAUUUUCCAAACAAAUAUCAUGUUGGAGAUGCUUGAAUACAGUCACUACCAGGUGCAAUCCCAUCUGGAAAAUCCCAGCAAGUACCACAUCCAGCAGAACCAAAGGCAGCAGGUGAGACAGUAUCUGUCCACCACCUUGGGAGGCAAAGCCGGCGGCCAGUGCCCCGGCCAGCCAGCCGAACACGGCAUGCCACCCGGGCUCGCCAGUAGUGCCCCCAACAGUCCCAUGGCUCAUCUCACCCUCACCUCGAACUGUGAGAAAGAGGUACGCGUAACAGAAGUCAUGACUUCAUUAUGUUUGGGUGACUCGACAGUGUUUUUCUCAGUUGGGAGCAUUUUAUUUAUUGAUCUAUUUAUUUUGAACGUCAUGAAACGCGUUCUUGUUUUUCACGUCACACAGAUGGAUGAAGUUAUUGACGAUAUCAUCAGCAUGGAGUCAAGUUACAAUGAAGACGUUCUUGGACUGAUGGAUCAAGGGCUUCAACUGAACAGCGCACUACCAGUGUCUGGUAAUAUUCUGGAAGCAUACGGCAACCAAGGACUACCCCACCCAGGCCUCGCCAUCAGCAACUCCUGCCCACCAAACAUCAAAAGGGAAUAUACAGCUCCUGGCAUGAAGCAAGUACUGGGCAAACCUGGACCCUGUGGCCGGUACGAAAACUAUCAGAGAUCAGAUGGCUUUCCAGUAGAGGCUGAGGUUCGCGCUCUGGCCAAAGAACGACAGAAAAAGGACAAUCACAACUUGAUCGAGCGAAGGCGCCGAUUCAAUAUCAACGAUCGUAUCAAAGAACUUGGAACCCUAAUACCAAAGUCAAAUGAUCCGGACAUGCGCUGGAAUAAGGGCACCAUUCUGAAAGCUUCAGUGGACUAUAUCAGGAAACUCCAAAGGGAGCAGCAGAGGACCAAAGAGCUUGAGUGCAGACAGCGCAAGCUGGAGCAUACGAAUCGUCACCUGAUGCUUCGUAUCCAGGAGUUGGAGAUCCAAGCCCGCGCUCACGGUCUCACCGUCGUCUCGUCCCCAUCGGUGUGCACCUCAGAGAUGAUGGGCCGGGUCAUCAAGCAGGAGCCCCUCCUCGAUGACUGCGCUUCGGAGCUCUACCGUCACGCCUCGGCUCCUGACAUGUCCCCUCCGACCACGUUGGACCUCAACAAUGGCACCAUCACCUUUGACCCCAUUCCCAGCGACACUGGGGAUUCUGGCCCAUACGGAAACCCCAGGACCUGUAAAAUGAAGGAGUUGGUCAGGGAUCAUACAUUGUCACCCAUUUCCCCAAGCGACCCAUUACUAUCCUCAAUGUCUCCAGACGGCUCGGUUAGUGCCCACCACAGUUCGAGUUCUAGAAUGGAGGACAAGGUGUGCCCCUGUUAGCUUAGCCUUACGCUCACCGACUUUGCAUUUGUAGCCUCUCAGCAACGAGGCACACAUUUUCAUGAGCAAUCAAAAUGGUCUUUUUGGAUUGUAAAAAGUGUGGAUCCGGUUAGAGCAGGGAGGCCCAAUUUGUUGUCCUGGAGAGCCCCUGUCCGGCCCCUGAUUGCAACAACUGGGGUCAUUAUUAGGCUUUUGCAAAGCGUGCUGAUCAUUUGAAUCAGGUGUGUUGGAGGAGGAGCUGGAUAGAGGCUCUCCGGAACCGGACUUGGCCACCCCGCAUUUAGAGCAAGACAAGGUACACUGCUUUAAUUCCACUGCUGCCACGCAGCAAACAGGCACCUGUUGCGAUCUGGGUUGAAUCCACGGCUAUACGGCCUUUCUGGGCCUGUGUUGUCCCUUUUCCACCGGUUCCGGGCCAGUGGCCAGGUUAGCACCAGCUCUUUCUUUUUCCACCACCGAAAAUAGGCUGGAGCUCUGGUGCUGGUGUUUAAGCUGGCC